UGUCCUUCAGUCUCUGGCCUCUCAAUCUCUUUCUCUCAGAAAAAAAAACACACUCCUCGGCUCUUCUAACGCACCUCCCUCUUUGUCUCAGGCAUAUAUUCUGUUCCAGUUUAAACUCUCCCCAAAACCUAUAAAAAAAAAAAAAAACUUUUUUCACUUUAUCUUUUUCCCCUUUGUUAUACUGUAAUGCUUCAACAUUCCCAAUUUCCGUAAUGUACGGACAGUUCCAGCCUACGAACAUCCCCGCUCAGAUCGCCGGCUCCGGCGUCGACGACAAUGUUUCGGCAUCCGCAUCCGCCGAUAACCACCACAGCAUUGGUUACGACGUUCAUGCCCUUGACGACGGCGUCGGGGUCGAGGACGUCAGCACCGAUCAUAUCUACGUCACUGCCGCCGCCGAUUCCACCUCUGACUUGGCCGUGGUUCAUCGAGUGGACAGCGCCUGCCAACUCACUCUCUCGUUUCGAGGCCAGGUCUAUGUAUUCGAUGCUAUUACUCCUGAUAAGUUUCAUGCGGUGUUAUUACUUUUGGGUGGAUGUGAACUGACUUCAGGUCCCCAUGGUGUUGAAAUUUCAUCUCGGAACCUAAGGGGUGGUGUGGAAUUUCCGAGAUCUAAUCAACCUCACAGGGCAGCUUCAUUAGAUAGAUUUCGUCAGAAGAGAAAAGAGCGAUGCUUUGAUAAGAAAGUCAGAUAUAUUGUUCGCCAGGAAGUUGCUCUUAGGAUGCAGCGUAAUAAGGGUCAAUUUACAUCUUCCAAGAAGUCUGAUGGAUCUUACAGCUGGUCUCAGGAUGAUGAUAACCUACCAGAUACUUUAUGUACGCACUGUGGCAUUAGCUCAAAGGCAACACCAAUGAUGCGGCGUGGUCCAUCUGGUCCAAGGUCUCUAUGCAAUGCUUGUGGACUUUUUUGGGCAAACAAGGGUACUUUGAGGGAUAUUCCCAAGAAAUCUCGGGAUCAUUCCCUGACUCCAGUUGAGCAGGGAGAAAGUGAAGCAAAUGACUCUGAUUCUGGAGCUGCUAUCCCUACACAAAGCAAUGUAGUUUCUUUCUCAAAUGGUGAUGGCUCAGCUCUAAUUGCUGAGCACUAAUCAUCUGUGCCAAUAUGGUCAGUGUGUCAGCUAGAUCUUGAUUAGUAGUUUAUUUCAAACUUGUCUCAUAUGUACAGAAAUCAUAGUUGCCUUGAUCAAUAUACGAGGUUUUCUCCUCCUAGUCCUUGAGUUAGUACUUUUGCAUGACAUUACCUCUUUAAGAGAAACCUACUCCGGAUGUUUCACCAGAAAAGCUUCAACUAUCUACCUUUGGAAAUUUUUGAUGGGCCAUAUGCUCCAAUAUCUUAAUCCCUCCCGAGAACAGUUGUUCUGAAUGGCAGACUAUCUAAGCCUCUUUUAUAUUUCAAUCAAAAUGCAUAUUUAGUUAACGUAAAGGCUGGAUAAUCAUUUUUAUUAUCAGAUUAAUUGGAGUUUAUAUUUUCAUUCUCUGUUUGUCAGAUCCUUGUCCUGUUCUAUCAUUUUCCCAAGAAUGGUGAACCUGGUGCUUAUGAGACUAAAGGGGAUCUAGUUCACCGUUGGUUAAUUUAUAGAUACCUUUUUUGUUUUGUCCAUUUGAAGGCAACAAGGCCGACCAUUUGCCAGCCAACCUGACAAUCAACUAUGGAAUGUCUUGAUGUGAAGCAUAGUGUGGUGGUAGCUCUGUUUGUAUUCUUUAAUUCUUGGAUUUUGAUUAUUCGUUGACCUGAGCUCCAACAGCGUAGUGUGCUUUUCUUGACCUUCAAACUCGCGAUCCUUCUUUCGUAGUCCUCCUUUGGUUUACCCUGUUGAGGUUGGAAGUCGUGUCGAUUUCAUUCGCAUUGUCCCAUAUUCCCUUAUCCACUCACCGUCUCCCCCACCCCCCUUAAAAGGCGAACAAAUUCCUUAUCUGAAUUCUAAAGCAGCUGCUGCAUUGGGUUUGGUAGAAAUUUGGAAAGGAUGUGGACAAACACCUAGCAUGUCCAAAAGCCCAAAGGUAUCUUGCCAAUGUGGAAACUAGAAGAAAUACCUUCUCAAAUAAAAUAAAAAAAAAAUUAUAUCUGGCCUGGCUGAACAAUUGAAACUAGAUGGUAGGAUUUUUGCUGGUUAAAAGCGCUUUUUUUUUUUUUUUUCUGGGUGUUUCUAUUUUCAACUCUUAUGUUUUUUUGUCCACGGGAUAACAUUAGGGAAUGGAAGAGCUUGGUUUCGAACGUAGACCUUCUAUGUCUCCAUCAAGAACCUUAACCAUUUGGCCAAGGUCCUUCCGACUUAAUUUCUAUAUGGAUAAUAACGUAGCUGCCACCACCCACCAUCAUACUUU